AGAGAGCUUCUCACAAAGUAAAAUAAAAAAAAACUGAAAAAAACACACAACAAAAUACACAAAAUGAGACAUUCAACCAACUUGGCUAUUAUCAUCUUUCUCGCUUCAAUUACAAACGUGAACUCCUCUCCUUCUAUCUUCAAGCACGAACUGAAAGAUGCCUUCAUCUCUCUCCGGGAGCAGCAAGACUUAAAAGGGAACGGAGUACUGGCGGUAGACUCUAGGCUUGGCACUAACCCGAGCUAUAUGGACAUAUGGAACGGUGGAGAGAAUGCACACUUUCAGGAAAUAUUUACGGAUGAUCAAACAGAGGUCCCCGAGGACAUGGAGGUCCCCGAGCACUGCACGAAGGAGGUCUACAAAAUCCACAGCUCUGGGGACAUUGCCGCUUUGGCUGACUGCGAGACAAUCACAGGGUCUCUUGUUUUUGAAAACUACCAGGAUCCGGUGAUUGACUUUGGCGACAUCGUCCAUGUGGCGGGGAACGUCAAAGUCGCUAACUCCAGCCAUGUUGUGCGCGUUAUUUCCAACAAGUUAUCAGAAGUGGGGGGCAUGCUUUCCCUCGAGGAGUUGACUUCGUUAACCUCUGUCUACUUUCCGAUGUUGGUGGCGGUUGAUCAGCUAGAGUGGAAGAUUUUACCUAUUUUGAGCACCGUCAAUCUCGACGCUGGAAUCAGCAAGAUCCGGAGUAUCACCAUUUCUGAUACUUCGCUUGUGGGGUUUACAGGAUUCGAAGUGGACCUGUUAGACAUUCUAAACAUCAACAACAACCGUUUCCUAGAAUCGGUCACGUCAAACGUGAGAAAGAUCUCCCAGGAGUUGCUCAUCUCCGCCAACGCCAAAUACGCCGAGGUCCGCUUCCCGUCCUUGAAGUUUGCAAACAACAUGACGUUUAACGAUGUCUCCAUGCUUGAUUUGUCAAAUAUCGAGCUGGUGGAGAAUUCCGCCAGUUUUAUCAACAACAAGUUUUCCGCCUUGAAGAUUCCCAAGUUGAAGGAGAUUGGGGGAACGUUGAGUAUCAGCAAGAAUACCGGCUUGAGCAGUGUGGAGUUGCCCACAUUGGGCGAGGUCGGUGGGGGGUUGAUUGUUAUGGAUAAUGCUCUCUUGCAAAAGCUCAACUUUUUCCCAAAGUUGUCCGUCAUUGGCGGUGCGAUUGAGUUUACCGGUAACAUUAAAGAAGCCACGCUUGCUAAGUUGAAGUUGGUGAAGGGGAGCGCCAUUGUCCAGUCUACAGCAGCCGCAUUCGAUUGUUCCAAGUGGACUAAAGGCGACAUGGCCAAUACCAUCAGAGGGGGCCGCAUUGAAUGCACCGGCGGAAUGGCCCAAGAGGACAUGAUGUCCUACGACAACAGCAACAGAUCGAUUCACAGAUUGGAGAAUGAUGCGGGGAUUCGCGGGGGCUUGAAGCAAGCCCUUAGCUCCUCCGGAUAUCUCAGCUGUCUGGUGAAUAUUAUUUAUCUCUUUGCGUCAUUGUUCUUGGCGGCAGUAAUGUCCUAAAGUUACACAAACCCAAUUUCCCCAAACCCAAUUUACUCGGUUGAUACCUGAGUGUCUUUUCUUGAGUUCCGGCUGUUCAGGCUGCGUCAAGAUUAAUAGUAGUACAAAAACAUAUAACAUUCUUUGUAGAAACAAUAUAAGCG